GCUGAGAAUUGCGUUCAUCAGAAAUAAUUAUUUUGUCUUGUUUUUUGUCAAGGUUGCUUUUAAAGAGUAAAGUGUAGUAAAAAUGUAUUUACUUUAUGUCGUAUCAAUAAAGAUGUGGUGUUCUUCAAUCAGCUGAUUCCAUUUCAUUGUCUGCCUUAUGCAAAAUUGGUUCAGUGUUCAGUGUCUAGUUCUGGUUUAGAUGUAAUUACGACGUUUUAAAAUCUUGGUGCUGUUGAAUAUUGUGCUAGCUAAAUAGGAACAUUUUCCCUUCGAAUAUUAUUUUACCAGUGCGAGCAUAUUUACGUAUGGUUUUGGACAUUUAUUUUCUCGGUGGUGUGUUUAUCUUCUAGAGUGAAGUUCGUGCAUUGUGUAGUAAUCGACUGAAGAACUCGUUUUCCAAUCACGUAUUUAUAGAAAUAAUAUUAUUAUAGUUUUCUCAAGGAACAAUGGUUUUAGCUGUGUAACAUACUUCUGAUAAGGUAUUACAUACACAAGCAGAAAAUCAAAAGGCUCACCAUAAUGUCGUCACCUAGCGCUGGCAAAAGGCGCAUGGACACAGAUGUCAUAAAGCUAAUCGAAAGUAAACACGAAGUUACAAUUUUAGGCGGAUUAAACGAAUUUUGCGUAAAAUUCUACGGUCCUAGAGGUACCCCGUACGAAGGCGGAAUAUGGAAGGUAAGAGUACAUUUACCAGACAACUACCCGUUUAAAUCACCUUCCAUCGGGUUCAUGAACAAAGUAUACCAUCCGAAUAUAGACGAAGUAUCAGGUACCGUCUGUUUAGACGUAAUCAAUCAAGCAUGGACAGCUUUAUACGAUCUUUUAAAUAUAUUCGAUUCAUUUCUACCACAACUGCUAACAUAUCCGAAUCCAAUCGAUCCCCUAAACGGUGACGCAGCCGCCAUGUAUUUACAUAAACCAGAAGAGUAUAAUAAAAAAGUACACGAAUAUGUGAAAAAAUACGCCACCGAAGAAGCUCUGCGCGAACAAGAAGAACGCGCUUUAUCCUCUGAUAGUACAGAAUCAUCGAUGUCAGAUUUUAGCGAAGAUGAAGCCCAGGAUAUGGAAUUAUAGCCACAGAGAUUCGUCUAUCGGUUUUUAUGUUUUUUUCUCCUUUUUUUUUUUCUAACUCGAUGGUAGAUUUUAGAUCACUGCCCCAAUGCUACCUAUAGACCUUUUUUUUCUGUUCGUUUUUUUUGGAUGAGAAAAAAAAUCUUAAAGUUUCUUUUUUGAUAUUGCUUUCUUUCGUUAUAUAAAUGUGGAAAUGAUUAUACGAAUGUAUCGUAAAUUGUUGUAUUAUUGUUGUAUCGUUGAUUUUCUUCGCUUUUCGUUUCUUAAAACUAAAUUAUUAAAUAAGAUAAUUCAUUUAUAACCGUAAAAAGUUUUCAUUUUUAUUAUACUUAUUAUUUUUUCCUUCGUUUACGCUGCUCAUUUUUAUAUAUUGAAAAAAUUCAAUCAUUAACAGUUGACGUAUGAUUUCUCCAACGUACAAUUACCUAUACCUGUAGUUUGUUGUAUUGAAAAAUAUUGCGAAAAUGAAAAUUGGGUCGAGCAUUGUUACGAGUAAAGUGAAAGUAAAUGUGAUAACGAUGAUGAUUACUUUCAAAAAAGAUAUUUUAAUUUUAUCAAAAUAUGUGAUAUUUUUUUGUUUUCUGAAAUUUCGGUCUAAAAUUUCGUUAUUUAAACUCGAAACGAGUGUUAGUAUCCAAUUUAAAAUGGUACUCGAGGUCGUUGCACUUGGAAAAAGUACCAUUUUACAUCGUGUGUGGCGAUUUUUUUCCAACUCGAGCGAAGAUAUUUUGAAAAAAAAUCUUUUACAGAUACACAAAUUCCACUCUUGAUUAAUUGAAUCAAAUUUUCUAAAUCGUUCUAUUGAACAAAAAAAUGUUUUCAAAGCUUGAAAAUCAUCAAUCAAUUUAUUUUUCCAUCUAAAAAAUUGUUAAUCGCGAUGAAAAGAAGAUAGGUAUCUCUACCUAGCUGUUUAUUUUAUACAGUAUGACACAAAAGUAGUGCACGGUGGCUUUUAUUUCCAAAAUUCCAAGUGGAAAAAGCUAGAGGGAUGAAUGAAGCGAAGUUGAGUAGGGAAAAAUAAAGGCUUUCAAAAGCGACCUUGAAAUUUCAGGCCCAUGCACAGGGUGUCCACAAAUUGAAAAACCGGUUUGGUCAAAAAAUUCAAACUGGUUUUUAUUGGCGCAAUGUAUUCUACACACUAAAGCGACAAAAACGUGACAUCAAUUUUUUGAAACUGGUUCAUUAGUUUGCAAUAGUUUCAGAGCGUAAAAAAUCACAAUUUUGUUUGAUCACAUUUUGAAACCGGUUCAUUGGUUCACAUUUUGCAACCAGUUUUUGACAAUCACCUAAAAGUUGAAGAUAAAGAAAAAAAAUUGAAUCAAAAGUUGUUCAGUGUGAAAAAUUGAACCAUUUUCGCUGAUCGGAUUUUGAAACCGGUUCAUUAAUUUGCAACCAGUUAUCAAAAAUUGCCUAAAAAUUCGAGAUCGAGAAAAAUAAAGCUUGCAACAAAAAUUGUGGGGCAUGAAAAAUUACACAAUUCUGUUCAAUUACAUUUGGAAACCGGUUCAUUGGUUUACAAUUAGCAACCAGUUUUUGACAAUAACCUAAAAAUUGAAGAUAAGGAAAAAAGCUUGAAAAAAGUUUUAGAAAGUGAAAAUUUGAAUCAUUUCUACUGAUCGGAUUUUGAAACCGGUUCAUUAAUUUGCAACCAGUUAUCAAAAAUUACCUAAAAAUUGGAAAUUGAGAAAAAAGCUUGCAACAAAAAUUGUGGGGCAUAAAAAAUUACACAAUUUUGUUCAAUCACAUUUUGAAACCGGUUCAUUGGUUUACAUUUAGCAACCAGUUUUUUGACAAUCACCUAAAAAUUGAAGAUAGAGAAAAAAAAGUUGAAACAAAAGUUGUUCAGCGUGAAAAAUUGAACCAUUUUCGCAGAUCGGAUUUUGAAACUGGUUCAUUAAUUUGAAACCAGUUAUCAAAAAUUACCUAAAAAUUGGAGAUCGAGAAAAAAGCUUUCAACAAAAAUUGUGGGGCAUGAAAAAUUACACAAUUCUGUCAAAUCACAUUUUGAAACCGGUCCAUUAGUUUACAUUUAGCAACUAGUUUUUGACAAUCACCUAAAAAUUAAAGAUAGAGAAAAAAGCUUGAAACAAAAAUUGUAGAGUGUGAAAAAUUGAACUAUUUCUGCUGAUCGGAUUUUGAAAAUUGCUAAUCAACUUGCAACUAUGUAACUUUUAAUGGCUUGCUGUGAUUUAAUGAACCGGGUUCAAAAUGUAAUUGAACAGAAUUGUGUAAUUGAAGGGCUAAUGGUGAAAGUCGCCUUAGUCAGAAGUGAUUUUUGAACAAAUCAAUGAAAACUUUGUUAUCCUACUUCAAUGGUAAUGUAAAAACUUUAUGGUCAAGUAUUAAAAAAACAUCUUCAACUAUCCCAGAAUGCAUUACAAUACUCAUUUUUCCCAUUAAAAUUGAUAAAAUAUGAAAAAAAAAAUUGUUUAAAGUUGUGUGAACAAAAAAAUGACUAAGGCUGUUUUCACCAUUAGCCCUUCAAUUUUUUAUGCCCCACAAUUUUUGUUUCAAGCUUUUUUCUCCAUCCUCAAUUUCAAGGGGAUUGUCAAAAUUUGGUUGCUGAAUGCGAACCAAUGAACCGGUUUCAGGAUGUGAUUACAAAGAAUUGUGUUAUUUUUCACUUUCUACAACUUUUGUUUCAAGCUUGUAUCUCGAUCUGCAAUUUUUAGGUAAUCUUUGAUAACUGGUUGCAAAUUAAUGAACCGGUUUCAAAAUCCGAUCAGCGAAAAUGGUUCAAUUUUUCACGCUGAACAACUUUUGUUUCAAGCUUUUUUCUCUAUCUACAAUUUUUGGGUAUUUUUUGUCAACUGGUUGCAAACUAAUGAACCGGUUUCAAAAAAUUCAUAUCACAUUUUUGUCGCCUUAGUGUGUAGAAUACAUUGCGCCAAUAAAAACCAGUUUGAACUUUUUGACCAAACCGGUUUUCAAUUUGUGGACACCCUGUGCGUGGGCCUGAAAUUUUCAAGGUCGCUUUUGAAAGCCCUUAUUUUUCCCUAGUCAACGCCGCUUCAUUCAUCUCUCUAACUCUUUCCACUUAGAAAUGGAAGCCACCAGGCACUACUUUUGUAUCAUACUGUAUAUGUAUUCCCAAUUGCUGCAACGUUGCCGAUAUAUCUGUUCUAUAUUCUAAACAGUGGCAACGUCGCAUUUCAAUUUGAUUCAACUUUUAAGCACCUAUUUAACCGUCACAAAUUUUUUUUAAAAAUCGCCAUCCGAAAUGAUAUCGAAUUACGAUACAAUUUGUAUAAAUUGAAUUUUAAAAAAAAAAUGAAUAUAUCGAAGUUGAAAGUCGGAUACUAUUAUUAUGUUGAUCUCUGAAAAUUUUCUGCUUUUCGAAUAUAUAUAUUUUUUUUGAUUAUAAUCGAUUUAUGUAUGUAUAUGCGAUUUUUAUGCUUAUUUUAAUUUUAUUUUUACAGUGCAAGAAUUUUUUUCAAUUAAGUUUGUUAUUAUUGCGUUUAAGUUUCACAAUUACUUAAAAUUUAUGAUAACCUUUCCGAAUCACUAUUUAUGUAGAUUAACGCUGACUUGAAUUCUUCACGAGACAAUUUAAAUAAUUGUGAAGUUCAUAUACCAGAUUAUGUUUUUUUUUUUUUUUAAAUCGACUUAAUUUUUAAUUUAGGAGCAAGCAAUUUUAUAUUAUAAUUGUUCAAUCGAGGAGUUAAAAUUUUUUCAUUAUUGUGUACCCUAAAGUUGUGUGUGUGUGUGUUUUUUUUUACAGUAUCUAAACCAUUUUUUUGUUUUGUUCUUUUAGUAGUUUAGUUACCAUAUUUUGGCGAUUGAAAAUAUCACCUGAAACACUACUCGAAAGAUACCUGUUUUACCAAUAAUACUGUAUAUGUUUUCAGAAUAUUGAACAUAAUUUAUUGUGCCAUAUUGCACACCAACAAAUAAGGAGAAGAACGAUGUUUUAUAUAUGUAUUAAUGUACUAUUAUCGUAUUUAAGUAUUUAAAAAAAAUAUCUAGCUAUAAAAAAAAUUGGUAUGUAGAUACGACGAGUAUAUAGAUGGAUGUUUUAGUGCGCUUAGAACUCUCAAUGUAAUUUGAUGAUCGAUCGGUGUACUUGGAGUUUGUGUUUUUUGAUCAAAUCAUAAUUGAAUGGAAUACCGUUACGGAUAUGCUUUUUCAUUUUUAAUAAUCAUUUAUUAUUAUGUAAUUUGUUCCAAGUACAAAAUUAACGCGUGUAUUUUGAUAAAGGUAGGCAUUGAGCAGACAGUUUGCAUUAUACUACAUCCCAUUUGAUGGCAAGUUCACGGUGGAUUUCUCUCUCUCGAAAAUUGAAUAAACUUGCUCAUUUUGAAAAUAAAGUUGCGUCUGUUUUGUAAAAAUGUGCUAAACAAUGUUACGAAAGUAAUAACUGAAGUAUUUACUUGCCAAUGGAGGUUUAUCGAUGCAACGAUUCGGUGAGAAUGAAUGAAAUUUUCCUUGUUAUAAUGAAACUUCCAUUAUUGAAAGUUUCGUGGUACAGUAUUAUUGAAUUUAUUGCUUUAUUCGUUCUUAGCGGAAAGUUUGAGUUGAGAUAUCAUUUUCUAAGCUGAUGUAGUUUUUUUCUGCCCCAUCAACCAAAAAAAAAAGAUAAAGAAAGAUGAUUUCAACGAGAGAGAUGCAAAAAUUACAGAAUUGAGAUCAGGAUUUUGUUUUGAUUUGAACCUAAUAAAUUUACAACAUUUUAAAAUAUGUAGCUGGACUAAUUUCUAUUUUUCAGCUCUGUUUUUGUUUGGAUUUUCUGUAAGUAGGUAUUUUACUCUUUUUCAAAUUAUAGAAGGUAGGAAUUUGUCGAGUAAUUCGUAGUUGAUCUAUAUUAUAUCCACGAUCUUCCUUUUCUUUCAUCAUUUUCUGUCUAGAUUUGAAAAUAAUUUAAUCAAAUAAUAAAAAAAUACAGCACGUACUAAAAUUCCCUGAUAUAUUUGAGAAAAAAAAAACUAAAAAUCAUAAUAAGUAAAUUGAAAUCACGUAUUCUAAAAAAAAUUUAAAAUAUCCACUCAAACUCUUUGAACAUUGCCUCACAAUAACGUACAAAGCACGAAUAUUUACCUACAAAUACGAUAUAAAAUAAUAAUGGAAACGUAAAACGAUACAGAUUAGAAAAAUGAUUAAUCAAUUAAAAAAAAAAAAAAACCGGAAUGAAAUUAACAGGUAUAACGGUUUGUGUAGUCCAAACUUUCAUGCAGGUAUAUUCACAUCAAUCUAUACAAUAUAAUAACUAAAUCGUAUUAAAUCGGUUGUCCCAAACACUUUGUUCACUAACAUAUUCAGCGAACAUACAACAAUACAGUUUUUAUUUACAAUUUUUUUUUCGAGUGUAAAUAUACUUAUUUUAAGGUUUAAAUUUGUAUUUUUAUUUGAUUAAUUACAUGUUAUAAAUAUUA